AUGACCGGAAAAAUAAAAGCGACAGGUGUUCUUGAUGAAAAUGACAUUUUGCCAAGUGAAGGGAAAUUAGAAAAUGAAUUAAAGAAUGAAACGCAACAUAAAUAUGUUAUUGUGUGGCGCAACAUAAUUUUAAUGUCACUUCUUCAUGUACUUGCUGUUCAUGGUCUUAUUCUGUGCAUCACAAGACAACUUUGGUUUAAAGUGUUGACAGGAAUAACUGCUGGUGCUCAUAGGCUUUGGUGUCAUCGUGCUUACAAAGCCAAAUUACCAUUAAGAAUUCUUCUAAUGAUUUUCAAUACAAUGGCCUUCCAAGAUUGUGUCAUUCAUUGGGCACGAGACCAUCGUGUUCAUCAUAAAUAUUUUGACACAAAUGCUGAUCCACACAAUUCCACUCGAGGAUUCUUCUUCUCGCAUGUCGGUUGGUUGCUUACGAGAAAGCAUCCCGAAGUUCAUGCUGCUGGAAAGAAACUUGACAUAUCUGACCUGGAAUCUGAUCCAGUUCUGAGAUUUCAAAGAGAUUAUUAUGGAUAUUUAAUGCCAUUUUUCUGCUUUGCUCUUCCGACAAUUAUGCCAGCCUUUCUUUUUGGCGAAACAUUUAAAAAUGCAUUCUUAGCAGUUUGUCUUCGCUAUGUGUUUGGUUUGCACGUUACGUGGUCAAUUAAUUCACUUGGCCAUUCAGUUGGAUACAAACCGUAUGAUAAAUAUAAUUCGGGAGUUCAAAAUCUUUUAAUUGCCAUUUUUGCGGCAGGAGAAGGCAAAAAAUUGUUUCGAAAUGGUUUGUUGAACUUAUUCAAUUUUAUAGGUUGGCACAAUUACCACCACGCAUUUCCAUGGGAUUACAAAACAUCAGAAUUGGGUGACUAUCGUUUCAAUAUUUCUACAAUGUUUUUAGACUUUAUGGCUUGGAUUGGAUGGGCUUAUGAUUUGAGACAACCAACUAAGGAAAUGAUUAUUAAAAGAAUUGAAAGAACUGGUGAUGGAACUAUUACAAAUUCAUGGGGAUUUGCUGAAAAGUAUCAACGUGAAAAGUCGAAAUAA